AUGCCCAUAACCCACCUCCCCCUCUCCCAUCUCCUUGCAUCCACCGACCCCGCCGAGUUCUCGGGCCGCCGCACCCUCUCGGAUGUCAAUGUUCGCGUCGUGAAAGCGCGCAAGGUGUUGGUUGUGAGCGGCGCGGGCAUCAGUUGCUCGUCGGGUAUCCCUGACUUCCGCUCCGAGAACGGCCUGUACUCGCUCGUCAAGGGACGGUACCCAGACGCCUUCGUCUCGGGCAAGGACCUCUUCUCGUCUGGCCUCUUCGCGCACCCAACCACCGCUGCCAUCUUCUACACCUUUAUCGCGGAACUCUCUCUCGCCUGCCAGGCCGCCGAGCCUACACGUACCCACCACUUCAUUCGCCGUCUAGAGUCAAAGGGCAAGCUUCUCCGCUCGUACACCCAGAAUGUGGAUGGCUUGGAGCGCCGCAUGGGCAUUGAGUCGGGCGGCCGUGGUGCGGGCCUGAAGAAGAACGGUACCCGCAACGUCGAGCUCCACGGUGACCUGGGCCGGGUCCGCUGCGUCCUGUGUUACACAGACUAUGAGGCCCGCGUCGAGUGGAUUGCCAUGUUCCGCGAGGGAGAAGCACCUGGUUGUCCUGCGUGCAACGAACGCUGCAUGGAACGUCUGUCACGCUCAGCCCGUGCGACCCCUAUUGGCAGCCUUCGUCCCUCCAUUGUGCUCUACGACGAGCCCCAUCCCCUCGGCGACCAGAUUGGCGAGCUGCAGACGCACGACAUGCGCCGUGGCCCCGACGUCUUGUUGAUAAUGGGCACGUCGCUCAAGGUUCAUGGUCUGAAGCGCCUCGUCAAGGAUUUUGCCCGUGUCGUCCACGACAAAAAGGGCAUUGUCGUGUUUGUCAACGCCACGUCGCCAAGCAAGGAGUGGGACAGCGUUAUCGACUACCACAUCGAGGGCGAGACCGACCGCUGGGUCGAGCGUGUAGAGGAGGAGUGGAAGCGUGUUCGUCCACAGGACUGGGAGCUCCAAACUGUCCUCGACAAGGAAGUCGUGCAUGGUACUGUGGCCAAGACAAAAGCAAAGCCCAGGGCCAAGCCCAAGGCAAAAGCUGUGGCGCCCGUCUUCCCCCUUCCCGAGGACGAAAUCUCCCACCUGCCUACACCCCCGGCAUCCCAGCUCUCUCCCAGGUCGGACUCGUACACCGAGUUUUUCUCGUCCCCCUUAUCUUCCUGUCCACCUUCGCCGGUUAAUGAGCGCACACCACGCGCUACACCCCCAACUCCCGAUUCUCCGAGCAAGCGCACUGGCGGAAACAGCAUUCAGAACCAAACUGUCAACAAGAAGACCAAGCUCAAGCCCGAGCCGCCUUCUACUGGCAUGCCCAGCACGCCGGGCUCUGGAAACUUAUUCGCCGAGUCUAGCAAGCUCAACUGUGAGCCUAGCAAACUCAACUUUGCUCCUCGUGCUUUUGCCCGCACACAGAGUGACUCUGCGGCCAUGUUUGGCGCCAGCAAGUCGCGUGCCGGUGCUCGCACGCGUGCUGCGCCCAAGCUCAGUUUCAAGGCGGCCGCUACCACGUCGACGGCCAUCAAGGCUGCACCCAUCAGGCGGCCCAGCCCACCGGAUGUUGUGAUGCCCAGUGUGCGUCGUCGGAGCGUGGCGGCCACUCUGUCUGCUGUUUCGGACGACAAGGAAAAUGCACCUCCUCCCCCUCGCGGCAUGCGCAGGACUGCUUCGAUGGCAGUGUGA